AUGGCCUUCCGGCACUGCGCGGGGGCUUCGCUCCUGGUCGCGACCUUAAGUUGGAGAUAUGGUGGAAUCAACGCCCUUAACGCGAUUUGGAUCUUCCUUGGCUCUCUCACUGUGCAAUAUGCCCUCAUCGUGAGCUAUUGCGCCUUCAUCUACCCUCACUGGGUAUCUCCUAUGCGCCAUCUUCCCACGCCCAAGGGAGGACACUUCUUCAUUGGCCAGAUGCUGAACCAGAUCAUGACGCCAGGCCCGGCAGACAUCUUCAUCUCCUGGAUGCGCAGGUGGCCGGACGCACCCUUCGUGCGGUAUCUUUCCUUUGGAAACUCGGAGACGCUCUUGGUGAACAAUCUCGCAGCUCUCAAGGAGGUGCAACAGACCAAGGCGUACUCGUUUCGCAAGUCACAGCUUGCCGGCCGUAUGUUCUCGCCCAUCACCGGACACGGAUUGAUGUUCUCGGAGGGCGAUGACCGGAAGAGACAGCGUACACAGCUUGCCAAGGCGUUCUCGAACGCGAAUACUCGCAGAAUGCUUCCUGUCUUCCAAACCAAGGCUCGUCAGCUUUGUGACGCCAUUAGUUACGAACUCGGAGGCGAGGAUCGCAAACUAGUAGAAGUCGAACACUUCAUCAGAAAAGCCACCCUCGACGUCUUCGUCAUCGGAUCCAUCGGCUGCGACCUCGAAAGCAUCUCUCUCCCCGAGGCACAUUUCGCCGAUGUAUACGAGCGCAUCAUCCGCCAGCCGGCGCUGGGCCAUGUCAUCACCUUCAUCGACGGCCACAUCCCCCUCCGCUCAUGGCUGCCGCUCAAGAGCAAUAAGAUGUGGCUCGAGGACGUGAAUCUGAUUCGGACCAUGCUCUUGAACUGCGUCGAGAACCGCACGAUGGAGAUGAGGUCUGAGAAGAUGGGCUUCUUCGAGAAGAGGCCGGAUCGGAGAGACAUUCUGACUUUCAUCUUGGAGGAUUGUCAGUUUGAGGAGGGAGACAGGGAGUGGACCGACAAAGAGCUUUUGGAGUAUAUGCUUAACUUCAUUGCUGGAGGCCAUGAGACGACUGGUUCGACUCUCAUGUGGAUUUCGCACGUCCUGGCGACGAUGCCACAUGUCCAGGAGCGCCUCAAGGAAGAAAUUGGUGAGCUUUGCGCCGGCAAGCCGCGAGACUGGGAUCCCAGCUACGAGGAGGUCGAGCACCUAACCUACGUCAAUAACUUCCUCAGAGAGACCCUGCGAUACUACUCACCAGCCAUCUUCCUCCCUCGCGAAGCUCUAGAAGACGUCACAGUCUGCGGCGUUUUCGUCCCCAAGGGUACCCAGAUCACGCUCUGCCCGGCCGUAGCGCACUUCAACCCCGUCUUCUGGGGACCCGACGCCGACAAGUUCGACCCGGAUCGCUGGAGCGACUGCCGCGCCGCCAAAGACUCGUACGCGAUGGAGGCGUUCCUGCAGGGCCCGUCGGGGUGCAUCGCGAAGAACAUGGCGCUGCUGAAUAUCAAGUCGGUGAUCGUGGCGCUUGUGAGGAAUUUCCGGUUCUCGCCGAGGCCUGGUUAUGAUGGGACUCUCGAGCUGGCGAAUCCGAACUUCACGCUGAGGCCGAAGGAUGCGAUGAGGGUUGUGAUUGAGAGGGAAGAGAUGAGGAGUACAUAG